UGCCCCGCCCCGGCCGGCUAAGGACCGCAGAACCGCGCGUUCGCAGACUCGCCGAGCCCCCGCUGCGGGGAUGGGCGCGCUGCUUCGAGCACUCUUGCUCCCGCUGUUGGCGCAGUGGCUCUUUAGCGCGGUCCCCGCGCUGGCCCCCGCGCCCUUCACGCUGCCCCUUCAAGUGGCCGGGGCCACGAACCACAGAGCCUCGGCUGCUCCGGGACUCGGGACCCCCGAGUUGCCCCGGGCCGAUGGCCUGGCCCUCGCACUGGAGCCUGUCAGGGCUACUGCCAACUUCUUGGCUAUGGUGGACAACCUUCAGGGGGACUCUGGCCGCGGCUACUACCUAGAGAUGCUGAUCGGGACCCCUCCGCAGAAGGUACAGAUUCUUGUGGACACCGGAAGCAGUAACUUCGCUGUGGCAGGUGCCCCACACUCCUACAUAGACACCUACUUUGACUCAGAGAGCUCCAGCACAUACCACUCCAAGGGCUUUGAUGUCACUGUGAAGUACACACAGGGAAGCUGGACUGGCUUUGUUGGUGAGGACCUUGUCACCAUCCCAAAAGCCUUCAACAGCUCUUUCUUGGUCAAUAUUGCCACUAUUUUUGAGUCUGAGAAUUUCUUUUUGCCUGGGAUUAAAUGGAAUGGAAUCCUUGGACUUGCUUAUGCUGCUUUGGCCAAGCCAUCAAGCUCUCUGGAGACGUUUUUUGACUCCCUGGUGGCCCAAGCAAAGAUUCCAGACAUUUUCUCCAUGCAGAUGUGCGGGGCUGGAUUACCAGUAGCUGGUUCUGGUACCAACGGAGGUAGUCUUGUCCUGGGUGGGAUUGAACCAAGUUUGUAUAAAGGAGAUAUCUGGUAUACCCCAAUUAAAGAGGAAUGGUACUAUCAAAUAGAAAUCCUGAAGUUGGAAAUUGGAGGCCAGAACCUCAACCUGGACUGCAGAGAGUAUAACGCAGACAAGGCCAUUGUGGACAGUGGCACUACCCUCCUGCGCCUGCCCCAGAAGGUGUUUGAUGCAGUGGUGGAAGCUGUAGCACGUACAUCUCUGAUUCCAGAGUUUUCUGAUGGCUUCUGGACAGGGGCCCAGCUGGCAUGCUGGACAAAUUCUGAAACGCCAUGGGCAUAUUUUCCUAAGAUUUCUAUCUACCUGAGAGAUGAGAACGCCAGUCGCUCCUUCCGGAUCACCAUUCUCCCACAGCUCUACAUUCAGCCCAUGAUGGGAGCUGGUUUCAAUUAUGAAUGCUACCGUUUUGGUAUCUCCUCUUCCACAAAUGCGCUAGUGAUUGGUGCCACCGUGAUGGAAGGCUUCUACGUGGUCUUUGACAGAGCUCAGAGGAGGGUGGGCUUUGCAGUGAGUCCCUGUGCAGAGAUUGAAGGUACCACAGUGUCUGAAAUUUCUGGGCCAUUUUCCACAGAAGAUAUAGCCAGCAACUGCGUUCCAGCACAGGCUCUGAAUGAGCCCAUCUUGUGGAUUGUGUCCUAUGCUCUGAUGAGCGUGUGCGGAGCCAUUCUCCUGGUUCUGAUCCUCCUCCUGCUACUUCCGCUGCACUGCCGACAUGCCCCCCGAGACCCUGAGGUAGUUAAUGAUGAGUCCUCACUAGUCAGACAUCGCUGGAAAUGAAGAGCCUCAUCUGAACUCCAGCAGCCUUGAACUCAGCUCUUCCAAGAGGGACAUCUCCAGUUGGCUUCUCUGCCCAUUAGUCAGGAACCUCGACUGUGCAUCUGACUGCCUUCCAGACUCGCUGUAUCUUGAUUACUCUUGAUUUCCAAGUUUUCAGAUCUUUUCUACUUCAGAGAGAAAUGAUAAUAAAAACACUUCAUUGUGAACCAAAACAGUGCAUUGGGCUUCAGGCUUUAUGGGACUGGUUAUGCCAAACUGCCCAGUGUACCACCAAAACCAAAACCAACGCAAACAAAGAAAAAAAAAUAGGCAAGCCAUGGUUAGUUACUAUAUUCUCUUCAACCUCAGGAAAAAUGAGUGCAUUCAGUUGCUUGCUCUCUUGCCUAGAGGAAACUUUUGGUAUUGACCAUAUUAAAGGGCGUUUUGUGCUAGACAACUGCCUAGUCUAGAACAAGUGAGAAGGCUUUUAUUAUCCUAGCAGGGGAAGUAGACUUGAGUCAAAUGAGAGAAUCACUCAGCCUUCUUCUGCACCUGACUGUACUGCAGGACCUUGGGUAGGUCCCAGGCUUGCCAGCAAUGAGAAUCCAUACACAGAUCACACUAGCCCUUGCCAGGAAGUUCUUUGCCCAUCUAGGAAGAGUGAGAUAGCAUUCUAAUAAAGUGUAGUAUCUUUGGCAUGCAGGUAAAGAUGCCACUGUGUGACUUGGCCAGUGUUCUGAGUUAGUUCAGGCAGCUUGAUUCCCACUAUUGCCUCUGCGAUGAGGCAGAACAGGUGUUGGGCUGUAUGCUGCUCUUGACAUUCUGUCACCAAGCUGGCCAUGGUCACACACACUUACUCAGAUUUCAAGUUAAUUAAUCAUGUUUUAAUGAGGAAAACAAACUCUCUCAUCUCUGCUGCCAUAAUUGUUUCUUUUCUCUAAAUCUUCUUUGGAACUAAAUUGGUAAUUACUGAUCUGGGAAAUGGAGACAUGGCCAGAUGCCUGUGCUUCUGACCAGCUGUCAGGGAAGGAAAACUCGUGACUUGGAGUCAUUUCCACUUUUCUGAGUCCUUUGAAGCCAUGCAUUUCCCUUCGUAAGAUGCCUUGGGCCCAAGUGUACCAAUCCACGGCAACUUGAAGGCACCUGACUGGCAGAUAACCUCUAUGGUUCUUCCCUGGGGGUUGAGGGUGGGGUGGGGUGUGAUAAAGCCUUGGCAAUGGGAGAUCAGCAGUGCCUUUAUUUACUGCCAUUUGAGACCUUUGCCAAAGAAAGGUGGAAGCAUGUUACUCCAUGUGCCCACUUGUUUAUGAUGGGAUGUUAAUUGACAUACAAAGCUACCUUGUGGACACCCCCCCCCCCCCCCCCCCCCCCCCCCCCCGCUCCUGUGCCAAGUUCAGUGUUCACUUUGUGAUGCUACCUGCUACCAGGAUAGGUUGGACAAAAAACAUUCCACCCAGAGUGCUAAGCAGCCCCUCCAACAGGAGGGUCUUUGGUGUUGACAACAGUCUUUGUGUGGAUGUCUCAGCCAUCUGUUCUGCUCACUCAGUCAGCGCCGUAUUGAGAAAUACAUGGCCAUGCCAAGGACACUCAAGAGCCAUCCAGGAAUGUCACAGUGAACUGGAAGACUCCCCAGCAGCCAGAGGAACCUUCUGUGAGAUUCUCGUGUGAGAGGAGCUGAGCUGUUGAAGAAGAUCCAACCGAAGCAGGGAUAGCUUUGUGUUCUCAAAUGCUCACAGAUGUGUCCACCAUGCUCUGGUUGAGCAUGAAUAAUUUCAAAAUUCACUACAGAAUUAUAAUCUCUGGAAGUGGGAUCUGUUCACCUGUUGAUUUUUCCUUUGAUUACUUACUAUCUUCUAGGCAGGUUUGCAUGAAAAAGAACCAAGUUUUCCCAGACUCUGCCUCCCUUCCCUGUUCUAUGAGAACUCUGAGUCCCUGAAAUAGGAGGAUUGCUCAAUCUUCAUACUCAUGUUAUCUGAGUCUUUGUAUUGGGUCAGGCUUCUGAAGUGCAGGAUGUCAAGGCAGGUGGAAGAUUACCAGCAUUUUAUGUACUUCAUAUCAAAUGUGUCUACCUUUGUAUCUCAGAUGCCACUUGAUGUGACAUUUUGGUGGGAAUACUUAAAUUACAAAAGCAUAGCUUAGCAACCAGAAUGAAAUUGGCGGUUGAAUUUGGGACAUUUUCUUGGCAUAUACUUAGUCAAAACUGUUGUGAUGCCCACCUUCUCAAGUUCUGCAAAUUGAGACUUCACUUGGCAGACAUUCAGGAGUGUUUGCCUUGAACAGGAAUCAAAAUAGCAGCCUUUUGAGGGCCUCAGUUUUACCUUGAAUAGAAUGAGGAACAGACUGGAAGAUCUUUCUUCCCACAUUGAGAGUCGCAGGUGAUCUGUGUCCAGUGUCCUGGUAUGGCCUAUGGAAUUUCUUCCUUUGAUUUUUGUUUGUUUGUUUGUUUGUUUGUCUUUUGUUUUGGGGGGGGGGUUUCUUGCCAGAAACAAGUGCCUGGAGUUAAAGAGGUAUAUCUGCUACAUAAGACCAUGGGAUAUGCUUCUCCCAGCACAAAUCACUCCUGAGCAUUUUGGAAAGAAUUUAUAUGACUGGUCCUGAAACCCAGAGGUUUGGGUUGGAGACACAUUUGGGAGUGACCAGAAAGCAGCAAUAAGGACUCCAAGGAAAUCUGAGGAAGAGAUUUCUCCAAAACUUAUUCCAUCCUCUUCUUUAAGAGGUGGGGAGGGACUACUUGAUGAUUUAAUUAAGAAUGGGAAUUUGCUAAAUUGGCCUUAACCCUUUCUCACCUGGUGGAGCAGCUAUGCCUAGCUGGGAUUUGAGUUCUAGCUUCCUCCCUGUGAGUGGGCUGCUGCCCAGAAGUCUGUCCCACAGACAAGGAUAAUUGAGUUUCGCAGCGUUUAUCUUUAUUAGUGGAAACCAAAUAGCUGGACAGCAUCCCAGCGUGUUUUCUUUUGCAUGGACUUAUUAGAAUUGAUUAUUGGCACAGUCACAGGAGAAAGUAACCUCCACUAUCUUCUGAGGAAAAGCAAUACAAAACAGGAAAAACAUACAUAUAGGAUUAUGUACAUCUCCGGUAUGUUUUAAGAAUUAUAGACCUGAAUGUGUAGCCAUUUACCCCUUUGACAGUGAAGCAGUUUUGCGGGGGGGGGGGGUGUAAGAGACUCAUACUGGGGGUAAAGCAAGGUCCCAGAAUAAGCAGAGUUAGCGAUUUGGAAAAUGCUUCUUCCAUCUGGGAAUUAGCUUUCCUUCAUCCUCUAGUUAGCCUACUGUGUUGGAGGUGUCAUUUUUUAUUUUACAGAGCUAUAACUUCCCUCCACACAAUUUCAAGAAUGUUUGGGCAUUGAAGUCAAUGUUGACAGAGAGGACUUGUGGGAGAUAGGUAGCCUGCAUGUUGCCUGAGCCAAACAGAGAUUGGUCAAUUCCAUCAGCAAAAAGUUGAGGAUCGCUGGGAGUUGAUAAAUUCUAAACCCUUAGAGGGGGACAAGGCCUGAAGGAGUCAGGAGAGAGGAAUGUUCCCCACCUCAGCCUGCAGUUUCAGUGUUCUGGAGAGUCAAGAUAUCUGAACGAUAUAGGCAACCCAAUUUACUCCAGUGUUUUUAGCAUGGCCUACAUUUUGGGAAUCUCCAAAGGGAAGCCCUCAAGUUGGUCACUGGCCACUGAGCAGACAUUCAACAGAAAACAAUUUGUUUUGUUUAGAAGAUGCCUAUUCCAGUAAGGCCAGAAUUCCUUGAGUUCAGGAACAGGACCCAGGCCUGAGGCUGCAGGUUCAAGGCUAAGUGCUGGGAAGUUCACUGGGCAAGGGAAAGUUACUUGGGCCACACUGACUUGGCCAAGUUUCUUUGGGGCACUAUGUACCCAGGAAAGACUACUGACAGCCAGAGCUGGACAGUCCCAUGAUAACCAGCCUUGUUGGACCACCCACCCACUCUGAAAGCUGUUGUCAACCUCAGAUCUGUGCCCUGUCUUCAGUGGCUGUGGUCUUCCUGUGGAAGUGGGUCUCACGGAUCUUAGGGCACGUAAGUAUCCAGCCUCAUUCAGAGUCAGGCAUCUGAAUUAUAGUCUGGCUGACUGCACUGGGUCAGAGAGUGAACUGAAGCAAUUGUCAUGUUGCUAAAGAUUUUGAAAACCAAACUGAUCCUCGUGGUGACACCCAUGUGUCUACAAAGCCCACGAAUGAGGGGUUCAUUAGAGGUGGGCAAGUGAGUACUCAUAAUAUCAAAUUCAAAGGAUGGUGAUUUUUUCCUCCCUCCCACCACACAAGCUUCCUUUGGAUUUAGUGUCAGAUGUCACACCCAGAUGCCCUAUGUGUCUAAAUUUAACUGUGCCCUAUUAUUUUUACUCUUAAGGAGAAGAUGGUAGAUGAAGGCUAGAGUAUAAGUUCAAAUCCCUAUUAGGACUCAUGGGGUUUUUGUUUUGUUUUGUUUUGUUGUUUUGGUUUUUAAUCAAACCCUGGGUUAUAUUUGUAUCCCAGUGAAGACCAGAAAGUGCAUGAUGUUAAAUCAUCUAUUAAGGAAUGGUCAGUGUCAGGAAAGUGCCAGAUGCACACACCCCCAUUUACAACUGGAGAAAUGUUUGAGAUAAGCUGUAGCACAUGGCAUGUCCCUCACUCAUCAGAGUAGAGCACACAGCCAGUAUGAAUUUUUACCCAUAUGCUUCAUAAUUACAAUGGGUAGAGGCACAAUCAGCCCUCUUAAGCUAAGCACAGCUGUGAUCACAUUGGUGUCUGUAGAAAGAGACCACUGACACCUGAGUUUUCUGUGCAGCCCUACCUGAUUCAACACUGCUGUAUCUUCUCUGGUGGGGUGGAAAUUAGAUAGUUUGUAUUUGUAACAGAUGCACAGAUCUGGGUGGGACCGGGCUUGCUGAUUUCUCCCGCUCAUUCUGUGUGGGCUCUACUAGAACCUUCUGAGAUAAGUAAGCUGUGGCAUCCUACCAGGGGACGAAAAGUCUCACAGGGGCUCCACGUUGUCAGGAUGGGUACUGCUGAAUGAAGAAUGAAGUGCUAAGAGAGCAUUGGGCAAUCUCCUUCUGAGAUAAAAAAACAAACCGACAUAGCUAAUUAAGGCUUUAUCAAUCGGUAGUAAAAAUCACAAGAAGUAAAAUUUCUUGGGGUUAGGAGUGAAGUUCAAUAGUGUAGCUCUUGCCUAGCAUUCACAAAUCCCUGGUACUGAAAAGGAAGGGAGAAGGAAACGAGGAAGGGAAAUGUCUUCGUAGCUUUGUGAACUCUUGUCCUUUGGCCCAGGAGUUUAAAAUGCUGCCCCAUCAAUUCCUCCUUUGCUGCAGGAUCAUGCAUUCUUACCAGUGAGGAGCUUUAUCAAUGACUCAGUCCAAACCCUCAGCGUGGGCGGGGUUCUCACGUGCAAGUAAAAGCUGAAGUUUGGAGUGUAAAAUGGCUUGUUUCCUACUGCCUCUGUUCUUCUGCACACUUGAGUACCCUUAAGCCUCUGGGCACUGAAAGGGCUACUCGUGUCUCCUACUUCUCAGGCAUGUAAGGUUUGGGUUCUGCUGGGAGAGCUCUAAGCCAUGCACCAGGCAUAGUGGCACAUGACUUUAAUCCCAGUGCUUGGAAGGCAGAUGUAGAUCUCUAUGAUGCCUGAUGUACACAGUUCCAUACCACCCAAAUUACAUGAUAAGGCCUUGAUGGUGAGUAAGUAAAUAAACAAAUAAAUAAAUAAAUAAAUAAGUGAUCCAAGCCAUCUACUGAAUUCUAAAAGAUGCAGAAAGUAGUUCUUUAUACAAUGUAUUUUGUAUUUUUUCCAUAUUUUCCUACGGGGUUCUUGAGUGUCAAUUGUAUUUCUGAAGAUGCUUCUAAUUAGUUAAUGUUUUCUUGGGGAAUCUCCCUCUAUUUCCAGGGCACUGAACUGAUUUCAAAUCAAAUUGUGAUUAGACUACUGUGCAGAACAGAGAGGCAUUCGUGCCACAGAGUAGCUCCUCACAAAUGCCCACAUGGUUGCUAGGCCCUCCAACCUGGAGUUUUCUAGAAUAAUCUUAUUUUUGUACUUGUCCACCCUGCUAAAAUGUAUACCUCUGAAAAGGAGCGAGGUGUCUGACUCAGUAUGAAUAAAUAACACUUCCUACUUGG